AAGAGAGGGAGGGUGUGUGUGCGUGUUGCAUGCGUGGACGACCCGCUCUGCUUGUAUGCGCGUGCGACGUUCGAGGAGAAUGCCAGAUUUACCGGGCACCUGAAUUCUUGUUCGAUAUUGUCAACGUUCGGAUCGAAUUACAACGGGGGGAAGCUUCACGGUCGAGGCUGUCGAUUAACGAUCGACGGUGUCAUCGGAGAUCCUUAUCGACGGUGUCGAGCGGAGAUCCUUAUCGGACACACACCACCACACACGGUGUUAUCGAUCGAAAUGAUUCAUGCGUGCGUGCAUAUGCAUACGCGUCCAACGAAAUGCGUUGGCUGCGUAUUUCGCGUUAAACGAACUCGUGCGUAUGUUUGGGUCUGUUUAGCAAAACAAGCUAAAGGGAGUCUCGAGUGUAUCUUGCAAUUUCGCGUGAAACAGAGCGUGAAAUGUACAUACACGACGGAGACGCACAGAACACCGAGGAUUAUGUGUUCUUGAAAUAUAUGAUCGCUGGUUUUGGUGAAGAAAAGGCAACAACGAGUGUUGAUGAUAUUGGAUAGCAAAAAUGUAGAAUACGAAACAAUAGAUAUAACAGAACCAGGAAAGGAAAUGGAAAAGGAGUUUAUGCAAUCAAAUGGUAUUGCGAGAGAUGAUAGUAAAUAUCCAUUACCUCCACAAAUAUUUAAUGAAGAUGAAUAUUGUGGGGAUUAUGAAGAUUUUGAUCUGGCAAACGAAAUAGAUGAAUUGGAAGAAUUUUUGAAAGUGACACCAGCUUCUAAUGCAAAGGAAAAUAUUCCUGACUUGAAUGAAACUAAGGAAAUUCAAGAGAAUGGAAAUACUACAAGUCGGGAGCCCUCCACAGACAAAGAAACAGCUGCAGUACAGGCAGAAAGUGUUGAAGAAAGGACAGCUUUACCAAGUGAAAAUGUACAGUCAGAUGAACCAAAAUCUAUAGAAAAUGAUGGUGAAACAAAACCUGAAGAAGAAACUACCGAACAUACGGGAGAAAAUGUAGAAAAAAAUGAAGAAAAAUCUGGUGAUCAAGAGAAAGAAGAGUAGAUACGAAAUAAACCCAUAUGAUUGUGGG